AUGUUGGCAGGCGCCGAUCCGCUGAUCAGUAGAUCUGCUUAUCCUAAUUGGAAUUACGAUGCCGAAAUUUAUGCCUUUGGUCAUCGAAUCGGCGCUCCAGAAACGGACAAAGAACUACUGGUUCGUGCUUUAACUGAUAAUUCAUUCUACAGACGAGCAGAUAUAGCUGAUGAAUCGACAAAUGCGCAACCCAGUAGACAGGACAGUUACUCUUCCUUGGCUGAUAAUGAACAGCUCGCUGAACAUGGUAAAGUUGUUUCAUCGUAUCCUCUGCAGCACACAUCAGCUGCUGCACUGAUCCGGAAUGUUGUCGUUGUGCAAUUGGCGGAUUUGGAUAUGGAAGAAGUAUUCCCACUUGCAGAGCCACUACGGGUGCUUCAGUGUUUCAUGUCGGCCAACGGUUGUGAUGAAGUGGAACCACGUCUGCUGCAUUCGGCUGGUGAAAUUAGCGCCGAGCCAAUAUUUAUUGCUGGAAUCUAUGCAAAUAAGAAAUUGAUUGGCAAAGCGUCAGUAGGAGCUGCUGCAUUGAUCCGGAAUGUUGUCGUUGUACAAUUGGCCGAUUUGGAUAUGGAAGAAGUAUUCCCACUUGCAGAACCACUACGGGUGCUUCAGUGUUUCAUGUCGGCCAACGGUGGUGAUGAAGUGGAACCACGUCUGUUGCAUUCAGCUGGUGAAAUCAGUGCCGAGCCGAUAUUUAUUGCUGGAAUCUAUGCAAAUAAGAAAUUGAUUGGCAAAGGGCCUGGAGAAACGAAACGAAUAGCUGCCGAUAUGGCUGCGAUGGAUGCACUGAUGAGGAUUUGGGGUGUUACCGCGGACAAGAAGUUUCCAUUUGGUGAACUUGAAUCGUUGGAUAAUCAGAUAGAUCCGUUCCUGAAGCCACAUUAUUCCCUUCAAGAAAUUUGCAAACCAAGCCUGGUUUUGAAAUUUGUCGAUCUGGAUGAGCAGGAACCACCGUUGGACGUUAAAGAAGUAGCAUUGAGGUACCAAAAAGAAGUUGAGGCUGUGAUUGGCAAACCACUUCGGAGGCGCCUGCGGCAUAAAUUUUCACGUGGUACGUGGGGUAAACGGAGUUUCCGAUAUAUUAACAAGCCGAAGGUGUACAACAUUUGUUGA